AUGUCCAAGGAAAAACAGAGUGGAACCGCAGCAGUGACAUCCUCACCAAAAUCCCCGAAGUCCCAACAAAAUGGCAAACACCAGCCAGCGGCAAAUGGAAAGAUCAAACAACAACAAAAUGGCAAAGUAUCAAAACCGAAUGUCAAUGCCCUGCCACCACAAAAAUCCAUAAUUGUUGCCUAUAUACUAUGGCUAUUCGGUGGUAUUCUCGGACUACAUCACAUCUAUUUGCGGCGGGAUCGUCAUGCCUUUGUUUGGUGGUGUACCCUCGGUGGCUACUUUGGUAUCGGUUGGAUAUUUGAAGUUUUUGCCAUACCCGGUUAUGUUCGUGAUGCCAAUGAAGAUCCACGUUUUAUUGAAGAAUUUGUCAAGAAGUUGCAACAUUUCCGCAAACCACCUUAUUCGGGUAGGCGUUUUGUUGGCGAAGUUAUGAUUGGUUAUUUGUUUGGUCAACUUUUCGAAAUGGCCAUACCGCAAACGGUGUUCUUUGGCAUUGACUUUUCGUUUCUUCACUGGCUGAUACCUGUUUUCAUUGCUUUGGGUGUUUGGACGGUGGGUAAUAUUGGUCGUGAGCGGGGUGUUCUCUGGCACUGUCUGUUGGCUGCUUUUGCUGCCUAUCCCGUACGCUAUUUUAUUUAUGAUGAAACUUAUACCUUGCUGAUAUCUUCCUUGGCUGCUGCAUUGGUCUUCGAUCACUACUCCAAGGAAUGGUUGCGUACACCACCCAAACGUCGCAGCGCCAUGCAAAGGACCUUGACAUUCACGGGUGCCCUCUGUAUCUACUUUUCAUUGUGGGGUUGUUUCUUGUACUUCAACGGCACCAUUUCCGAUGAGGAUGGCAAUGAGGUACCCAUACAUGAAGCAUUCCAAAAUUUCCUUGCCUCCGCCUGGUGGACUGAUAUUGCCCAGGCUUUGCAGGAUACCUACAAUUAUGCUCAGCACCACGGAUGGUAUGAAACGUGGAAGGAGAUAUUCGAAUCCAUGGAUGUGGAUGGUGAACGUAAUGCCUAUAAGGUGUUGGGUGUUAGUGCCACGGCUUCGCAAGCGGAAAUCACGAGUGCAUAUCGUAAGCUAUCCAAGGAAUUCCAUCCCGACAAGGUGAAGGACGAAUCUCAGCGGGCGGCAGCCAAUCAAAGAUUUAUUGAAAUCCAACAGGCCUACAGUGUCCUGUCGAAAAUUAAAUCCAGUCGUCGCCGUAAAAAUACCAAAUCGGUCGAAGAUGAACCCACGAUUGUGCUGUAG